AUGAUGUUUUUUAAAAAAAUAGUAUCACCAUUAACACCAGACUCAUCAUCGUCAAAUUCACAUUCAAUACACGAUUAUAAAGAAGCAAAUUAUUAUAAUUAUUAUAGAGUUUUAGAAAAUAAAAAUACUUUAGAAUCAGAAUUUAGAAGAAGAAUAUGCUUAAUGCCCCAAAACAGUUUACAAAAUGUUUUUAAAUUAGAAAAUUUCGAUAUUACAUCUGAAUUAAAUGAUACCUCAAUUGUAUCAGUAUGGACCCAAGAAUAUUCCAACGAUUCAAAGUCGCCAGUCGAAGCCAAUUAUAAAAUUCCAUUAUCUCCAAGUAGUGUUGUAUCAAGAUUCGUUGUAGAAUAUAAAGACAAGAUUUUAGAAGCAAAAAUUAAAGAAAAAUCAAAAGCCAAAGAAAAAUAUGCUGAUGCUAUUGCAUCGGGUGGUCAAGCAUUCAUGGGUGAGAAAACUGAUGAUGGUCUCUUCAAUUUUAUGAUUGGAAAUUUACCACCAGGAGAAAAGGUCACCAUUAGACUCACCAUUGUUUCUGAAAUUGGUACCCAUUUAAAUAGUUUACACUAUUGUUUACAUCGUUUUAUGUUCCCAUUAAACAACUUUAAAUUCAAUUACAAUUUAAAUAUUUCAUUAUCAUCUCCAAUGAAAGAUAUUGUAAUUGAUAGUUAUAAACCAUCCAUUAAAUACUCUGACGGCAAAAAGAAGGCCAAUGUUCAAUUCACUUCAACAGGUGUCCCAAAGAAUGUCAUUGCAAUUAUCGAGCCAGAAACAUCCGAUAAGCCACAAUCAUUAAUUGAAUACGAUCAAAAAGAAAAAACCUGUGCUUUAGCAUUAAACUUUUAUCCAGUUUUCGAUGAUGUUUGUGUCGAAGAUAUAAGUCAAAAAUCUGAAUAUAUUUUUGUUGUCGAUUGUAGUGGCAGUAUGUCAGGAACUCCAAUUACUAAAGCUAAAAGAGCACUAGAAAUUUGUGUAAGAAGUUUAAGUGAACAAAAUAAAUUUAAUAUUUAUUGUUUUGGUUCUGGUUUCAAUAAAGUUUUCCCAGAGUCAUUGUUAUACAAUGAUGAAUCAUUAGCUAUGGCUUCAGCCUAUAUCGAUAAUAUCAGUGCAAAUUUAGGAGGUACUGAAUUAUUACCACCAAUUAAAGAUAUUUUAGGUAAAGAUAGUGAUGCAGAGUAUCCAAGACAAGUUUUCCUUUUAACUGAUGGUGCAGUAAGUGCUAGAGAUCAAUUAAUUGACUAUGUAGGCAAAGAAGCAAAUACAACCCGUAUGUUCACUUUUGGUAUUGGUACAAGUGUCGAUAAAGAAUUGGUUAUUGGUUUAUCAAAAGCCUGCAAAGGUUUUUAUGAAUUCAUUCUCGAUAAUGGCGAUAUGGAAGAUAAAGUUAUGAAACUUUUAAGCAUUGCAAACGAACCAACUCUUGCCAAUAUCAAAAUUGAAUGGGGUGAUUUACCAGUUACCCAAUCCCCAUCAACUAUCAGACCAGUAUUCAAUCGUGAAAGAAUGAUGGUCUAUGGUAUUUUAAAUAAAGAGCCAAGCAGCAUCAGUUCACCAGUCACAAUUCAAAUGGUAGGUGAUGGUCCAUUAGGUGAACAAUUAAGAUUCCCAAUUACUUUAGAUUUUACUAAAGUCGACUCAUCAUCAACUCAGGUCCAUACACUUGCAGCCUAUAAACAAAUUCAAGAUCUUGAAGAGGGUGAAAGAAAACAAAAUAAAGAUAACAAAGAUAGAAUUGUAGAGUUGGGUAAAAGAUAUGGUUUAGUUUCAAAACAUACCUCAUAUAUUGUAACUUCCGAAGGUGAAGGUGAGGUUACCGAGGAAUCAAUGAAGUCUGUUAAUGUAUUAGAGGCCCAAGAAGAAAGAUUUAGACUUCAACAAUCACCAAUCAGAGCAACUGGUAUUUCUAGAGGCGGUGGUAUGGUUAAAAGUAGAAAAAUGUCUGAUCAGUCAUCUCUUUCUUUUAUGUCGUCUGUUUCAGCCCCACUACAACCAUCAUCAUCAAACUAUUCAAGCAUGCCUUGUCCACCACCACCAUCACCAUCACCAUCAAACUAUUCAAGCAUGAUUUGUCCACCACCACCACCACCAGGUGCCUCACCAUCAUGUUAUUCAAGCAUGCCUUGUCCACCACCAGGAGGUGCUCCACCACCACCAAGAUCAUCAUCAAUGUCUAGAUCAAUGGCACCAACUUCAACAUCACAAUUAGAUUCUUUUAGAUCACUCUCACCAAAAGGUAACAGUCUCAGCAAUAAUGAUCCAUUAAUUAAUUUACUUAAACUACAAAAAGCCAAUGGUUCAUUUGAAAAAAAUUCAGUCACCCAAUUCAACAUCGAUAUGACUAAAGCUCCAGUAGAACUUUCCAGUAACACAAACGAAAAUAUUUGGUCCACUUUGUUAGUUAUCGCUAAAAUCGCCAAAGAUUUUUCAUCUCAAAAAUCACAAUGGGAGCGUGUAAUUCUUAAAUCAACUAAAUGGGUAAAACAACAAUUAAAAGCUUUAAAUCUUUUAGAUUCAUUUGAUAAGUUUGAAAAAUUAUCAAAAUCACUUGUAUAA